GCCGUCCCACCCACUUGCCGAGGCGCCGACCUUGGUUCGUGGCGCGGUGCUGGCCUUCCGUGCUUGGCCAUGUUGUCUUGGAGCUGUUGCCGAACUGCUGUUAGGGGCAUUUUGGGCUCUUUGCCAGUCUGUUGGCAUCGUGCCGCUAUACACUGCAGCGUCCGGGUGUGGAGGUACGACGACUUCUUUAAAGAUCUAGAAAAUGAAUUUGCCAAAUUCAAACACAAAGUCAAGGAAGCACUCCCUGGUAGUGAUUGGAGCCCCUUGCACCAGACCUCUGGCUUACCUCCUGAGUGGGCUGAUGUCGUCAUCAUUGGAGGAGGGGUAGUAGGUUGGUCUACUGCAUACUGGUUGAAGAAAAAAGAGGCAGUCCGGGAAGGAGUUCGUGUGGUGGUAGUAGAGAGAGACCCAACUUAUUCCAGAUCCUCCACAGUCUUGUCAGUGGGAGGGAUUCGCCAACAGUUCUCUCUGCCAGAAAAUAUCCAUCUGUCAAUUGAGUCUGCUCGUUUUCUUCGCAAUAUCCAGGAACACUUGAACGUAGUGAAUGAGGACCCUGUGGAUAUUCACUUUAAUCCAUCAGGAUAUCUCUUUUUAGCUGGGAAGGAGCAGAGCGAUAUCUUGGCAGAAAAUUACAAUAUUCAGAGGAGUCAGGGAGCAGCAGUCACUCUCUUAACACCUCAGCAGUUACAAAGGAAGUUCCCAUGGAUCAACACAGAUGGCAUUGCUUUGGCUUCAUAUGGUUUGGAGAAUGAAGGCUGGUUCGAUCCCUGGCUACUACUGAAUGCAUUCCGUAGGAAGGCCAUCUCAAUGGGCGUUCAUCAGUGUCAUGGAGAGGUGGUGGGUUUUCAACAUUCCACCAGAGACAUGGAGGCAGAUGACGGCAGCACCAUCUCAUUGAAAAGAAUUCACCACGUCAUUGUACAGAUGCCAAACAGUGCGGAGUGCCAGCCAGUGAAAUGUGCAUUGCUGAUCAAUGCGGCUGGAGCAUGGUCAGGCAAAGUAGCAGGGAUGGUCGGGAUUGGUAGUGGACCUGAAGGCACCUUGGAGGGAACGAAACUUCCUGUUGAACCUAGAAAAAGAUAUGUGUAUGUAUUCCACUGUCCAGAUGGUCCCGGAGUGGAUUGUCCAUUAUCUAUUGACUACAGUGGAGUGUAUUUCCGCCGAGAAGGCCUGGGUGGAAACUAUGUGACAGGACUUUCGCCAGCUGAGGAAGAGGAGCCAGACUCCAGUGAUCUGGAAGUGAGUUAUGAAUACUUCGAUGAGGAGGUGUGGCCAAAACUGGCUCAGAGAGUGCCUGCCUUCGAGUCCCUGAAGUUGAAAACAGCCUGGGCAGGUUACUACGAUUAUAACACCUUUGACCAGAAUGCAGUCAUUGGUAUUCACCCACUGGUUACCAACAUGUUUUUUGCCACCGGCUUCAGUGGCCAUGGCCUUCAGCAGUCACCGGCUGUGGGCAGAGCCAUGGCUGAGCUCAUCCUCGAUGGAAGAUUCAAAACGCUGGACCUUGGUGUAUUUGACUUCAUCCGAUUCUACAGAGGUACCAAAGUACUGGAAAAAAAUAUAGUGUGAAUUUAUAAAAUUCAGCUCUGCUGUUGUCAGACUUCCUAAAAGAUGCAUUUGUCCCAAUGAACUUGUUGUAAAAUCAUAAUUUGGUAAAGUGAUAAUGAAUCUUUUGGAAUGUAGAUACUCAUGGUACAAAGAAUUUCACAGGCUUUAUUGUUUUACUAGCAUAAUCUUUCAGUGAGUGCCUGAUCAUCUCCAAGCUUAUUUAAUAAAAAUUAAACCCAGGCCAAUAAAAUGGAUUUUUAAACCCUAAUUGCUUUAAAAAGGGAUAUCCACCAUUUAGGGGAGGUUUUCCCUUUCUGUCAGUUGUAUUCGCUACUUAAAUCACUGAGUGAAUACAGUUAAAUUGUCCCUAUUUUUUGCUUUUACACUUCAAACAUUUAAUAAAUGACGAAAAAUGCUGAAAAUGCUCAGUGGAUCAGGUAGCCAUCUGUGGAGUGGGGAAGAUGAGUGUAUUCUGUAACAUAUCACGAUGUUGGGUGGGCAAAUCAAAUUUGAUCAAAGAAAUGCAAGGGUAAAGCAAGGCCAGGAAAUAGAGUAAAUUGUAAGUAACAGCAGCAGUGAGAUCUUGGAGUGCAUGUCUGCUGGCUCCUAAAGUUAGCGAGACAGGUGGAUAAUGUUUUUAACAAGAUGUAUUGGAUACCUCACUGAAGAGAAAGUAGAGGGAAGAUGUACAAGAAUGUAGCCAGUGAUAGAAAAGUUCUGUAAUAAGGAAUGUCUAUUUUUUGUGGAACAGAAGAUGAGAUGUGAAUAAAAUUGUAUAAAAUUAUGAGAAAUAUAGUGUGAUUAGGAAGGAACUAUCUCCUUAGCAGAGAAGCCAUUAACUAAUGUUGUGGCUGCAGGAACAUGAGGUAUCUGUCUUUAUUAAUGGGGUCUGCAUACCCAGAAACUGACUGAAGUUUGAUAUCCCAAAAUGCCAGGAGAAAAAAGGCAAGGGUUCUAUAAAUGUGCAGGCUUUGAGAACAGACAGUUGGAGAUGUGUGCUAUGAUAGAUUGUCUCUUUUCCCCUCUCCUUGUGAUUCUUUUAAACUAUCUGCAGUUCUAUGCAAAAGUCUUGAGCACAGAUAUGUAGCCAGCAUGCCUUCAGACUUCUGCUAAGUACUAUAUUUGUCAAUGUGGAGCAGAGAGCCAGUUUGUAAAUCUGGAAGGAGCAGAGGAUAUUGGAAAUGGUGAGGGUGGAGCACCACAGGAGGGGUAUGGGACAGGUGGCAGAGAAGGAUGGCCUGGGGUGGGGGGAAGUGGCGCGGGUGCAGACACACCCAGCCCUGACACACCAGGCAAGGUUAUUUGAUUCCAAACAAUUGGUUUAUUGAUCACUACAGAAUGUCUCUCUGGUGCUUCCCACUCCCUCCCCUCUCCCUUCCCCUUUUCCAAACCACGUUCCCCCUCACACUACCCCUUUCCCACUCUCAGUCCACAAUGGAGACCCAUAUCAGAAUCAGGUUUAUCAUCACUCACAUAUGUCGUGAAAUGCAAGGGAAGUUGAGUUUAAAAAUCACUGGAAGAGCACUCAGCUAUCCAUACAGUCACUGUUAUGGAAACACUGCAUGUCUGAAGGACUGAUUUCUUUACCAAUGGCAUUUCCUGCCAAUUUGCAGUUAGUUUGUUCCAAGAAAGUAACACACAGUUUGCAGGAUAUGUAUUUUUCCCAGUUGUAAAUAUGUAACAUUAUUGAACCUGUCUUUCCACUUGUGAGGGAAAGUAAACCUGUAGUACCUAUUGAAUUUGUAUUCAACCACCUGGAAUGCAAGUCAAAGUUUUGACACAUUGUCAGUAAACUGACACAUAGAGUAGAUAGGGGUUAAAGUGAGUUGGUAUUGUAGUGUCAGCUGUCACAUUAAGGCUACUGUAACAUCUCACCAAGUUUUAUCACUGUAGGAUAAGGAAUUCUGGGCUUUGUUACUUGGAUUCCCUCAUCUGAGCUUUAGCACAAGCAGUAGAUAUUCAAUUGCAGGUGGUUAGUGAGAGAUACCAGUCCUACACAGGGGAAUUGAAGAACAAAGUUGAAAACUGGACUCCUCAUUCUACAGUAUUUUGAAAAGAUAACACAAACACUUUAAUCUACGGGCUGGAAACUGUUGAUCUUAACAUCUAGUUGGCUGUCAUGGUCAUGAGAACCUACUGCCCUGUAUGCUGCAGGGUUCUGUGAUUCUGACAAAUCAUUGCAGACCUGAUGAAUGACAAUGAACCAAGUGACACUAUCACAGAGCAGUUAGUUGAUGGCUUCUGUCACAGAGAACGAGCUGCUUUCAGUUCCAUAUUAAUUUAAACAUUGGGAAUUAAUCUUAUGGGCCUGGUGCAGAAGUAUGCUAGUCUUCAAAACUAGAUGAGUGCCACAAGUUAACAAAUAGACUGAAGUCUUUGCUCAUUGCACAGUUGGAUUAUCACCUUGCAAUCAAUGUUAAGGGGUUGGGCGAGAGGUGUUUUUUUUUGCCUCUGGUUCAAGUCCUAUAUUGCUGUUUCCAUAUUAUGUGGUUUAUUAUGUGGAAGCAGCAAUGUGGCUCAGUGGGGGAACACAGAAAGAAGUCUGAGGGAUAAAUAAACCCUUUUCCCCUUUGGACAAGCUGCACUUUCUCCCUUGGCAAUUAAGUAUCACACAAGGAGCCAAAUCCCUGUAAAGUGAAAAUUCCCUAAGGGCAUUUGUACUCUAGGGUGCCAUCUAGUGGCAGUAGAGUAAUUUGCUGCUUCAUCAAUUUAAUAAUUGAAAACCCAGAGGAGGAACUGAGAGAGAAAAGUUAAUUGUAAAAUGCUGCUAAGUUUUAUUUUUUUUAAAUGAUCAUGUCAUAGAUUUUCAUAUGGUAACACUGAAUGAAAGAGUGGGAGGUGGGUCGUGCUCUAAAUGUAUAAGCUGAAACUGUUACUUUGUAUUUUUAAUAAAUUGCAAUUUUGUUUAA